AUGUCGACGAAAUCGGAAAGAGCAUGCAUGCUAUGCGGAAUCAUACAGCCAAUGAAAAAGUUUAAAGCUAUUGGGUGCCCCAACUGCGAGUCGUUAUUGCAUUUUGCCAGCGAUAGUGCACAGAUAGCAGAGUGCACAUCACCAUCUUUUGAAGGCUUGGUGGCACUUGGCCAAGAUAAUAAAGGGUCAUGGGUGGCGAGGUGGCUAAGGAUAGAUAGUUUCGUACCCGGACUAUACGCUGUGAAAGUUAAUGGAAAAUUACCACUCGAUGUGGUGGACAGUUUGGAGCGAGCUGAUGUGUAUUAUAGGCCUCGAGAUGGAACGGCCGAGGAUUAG